GCCCUGAUCACGAGAUCGCGGCACCGGACUCAAUUCUUCUCUCAAGUCCAUCGCAGAAAAUCUCGCCAGUUCCGUCGAAGGCCAUCCUGACCACAAUUGAAAAGAAACUCGAUCGCAACGACUCGGGCAUCGUUUUCGAGGUCGAAUCGGAGAUUGACGGUUUUUGU